AUCGCCCCACCACAGCGAUAAUGUAUUGAAAAAAACUUCCAACGUAUCGAUAAAGUCAAAUUACAUAAAGAAUAUGGAGCAAUCGAGUAGACAGUGAGUUUUUUAUUCUUCAAAUAAGGUAUUUGUAACAUGAACUCGACAAAAAAUAUAAUUUUUUUCGUGCUGUUUGCAUUGAAAGAAUUCACCUCAGGCAUAGAAACCAAUUCCGGCGAAGAAAAUGAAACCGACAUAACCAUCCCUCUAAACGAAGCCAUCAUAAAAACAUUCCACAGCGUUCAUCCAACUUCAACGAUGAAUCUAGUCAGUUACAUGGAAAGUCGCGACAGCGAUUUUGAUCUUCCUUUAGGCACGAGAAUCGCUCCAUUCACCAAAAAUAUAUUUUGUCAUCAUAUAAACGUAUCUAUUUGGGAACCCCUAUCGUCGCCUCAAAUCUACUGCGAAUUCCCUAAGAAUAAAACGCAUUUAUUCAACGACGAGCUCAUCUUCAAAGUCCUAGGGUUCAUGGAUACGUCACCAGGAAGAACACAUGCUAGUUUCAAAACACAUGCAAAAUUCAGAGAUAUCGUCAUCACAGGUACGAAAACUUCGAAGAGAUUCCAAGUCCAUAUCGUACACAAUCAUAUUUCCAAUUACGUAACUGUACCCUGGAGUCGUACAGAAAUACCUCGCAACACGCUGGCCAAACUGAUUAAAAAAAUUAGAUCCGGAAUACCAUCGAUGAUCCACGAUAAUGUAAAUUCCAAUGAAAAAUUCCUACACGCUUUCAGCUCCAGCUUUUGCCACAAUCCGAAACAAAACAUCACCUUAGCCUAUCCAGAUUUCCCUCUAAACGAACAAAAAUACUAUUAUUUCAUCCCAACCGUAUCGUUCGUCGGAAUAGAUUUAGUAGACAUUAAAAUUAAAGGAUUAUCGAACUUCGAAACACUUAAACCCAACACGACGUUUGGUAAAUCUGCUUACACUCUGAUUGUGAAAAAUAUCUGCGGAACCAUGAAGUUGGACAAUACGGAAUUCAAUAACUUCAAGUUUUACGAGAUGGAUUUCAGUAUCGAUAAUCUUUACAUUACUGCGGAUUUUGAGACUAAACGAUUAGUGGUCGAGGCACGAGACUAUAAUGUGACGCAUGUCAGCUCGAUGUCUUCGAGACCGCCCAAGGCGUCCAUAUUUUCCGAAUUAAUCAUGAAGAAUAUCGAAAGAGCCAUUGGCAGUCAGUUGAUGCCGUCCUUGGAAGUUCCAGAAACGAACAAGCUCGAUGAUACUUCCACCCCAAGUCAUCUGGAAAGUGCACCACCGGUUAGUCAAGUUGCUACAGAAACCUCGCCAAAAUCCGAUUCGAAAUCAUAUUCUACGAAGAGCCCAAUUCCUCUUACACAAGGAUGGUACACUGAACUGACUUCAGCAGAUAAAGAACUCUAUCAUGGAAGACUUUUCAAAAAAACGUCGCCACCUCAUCGCCCUCUUUUCCAAAAAAAAGUUGAACUUACUUCUCCAAAAACUGACCGUCCAAGUUCAACUACUACUACACGAGUGACCACUCAAACAUCUAAGCUCGAGGUCAAAACAUCAACUGCCAUACAAAAGACAGAUCCUUCACAAAGUCAGCACGUUAUAUUGACUUUAGCAUCUAGACGAUCCAAUAAUAAAAAAAUUUAUGAGACGUCGCCAUCUGAUUCGACAAUUCGUUCUACGUUGAGCUCAACUAUCGCAGGCAAGACUAGUCGAUCAUUAUCUACUCGAGGAACAAAAAUCUCCGCCAGACAAACGCCGAAACCUGAUUCACCAGAAGUUGGCGAAACUGCAAUCGAAUCAGCAGCAGAUGAAGAAGACGAUGGUUACGAGUACGAUAUUGUAUUCCACAAUGUGAGCAUUAAACUGGUACCAGGAACUCCUUAUCCGAAACAAAUUCAAUGCGGAUUUGCCAACUCUAUAAAGAUCAAUCAUCAAGUAAAGGCCAUACCUUCUGGAGACAUUCAUCUCAGCAAUAAAGGCAACUCGAUCAAUAUUCGUUUCCACGUCAACUUCACCUCGAUCAAAAUUUCAGUCAUGAAACCGAAUAAUUCCAAAGAGAACGAGUCUUGCGAAUUUCAAAUCCAUAACAAUCAAGAUAUCAAGGUCGCUGUACCAUCGAACAAAAACACGAGUAAAUCGAACACGGAUUUGCUAAUAAAAAAGAAAAUCGAUAAUACGCUGAUGUCGAUGAUGACAGAACGAAUUUCUCAGCAUUUGAAACCACUGGUUUGCUUGCCAUUCGAUAUUUGCUCGCAAUCUCUUCAAAUGGUCGAUCAAUUUUUCGGAAAUUUUGUGGAUAACGUGCUGAACAAGUGCUCGCUUCGAAGGGAUACUAAUACAACGAUUUCAACGUGAAAAAAAAAUCGUCGAAACAAAUUUUCCAUCGUCUCAAGUCAAACAUCUUAUGAUACUGCAAAGAUCGUUGAAAUUAGCAAUGAAGGAAACGAGAAGCCAACAAAUUUAGCUGACCAAAUUAUCCAACCAUUCACUUCAUCCUCAGACAGAUAUUAGGCUCACCAUCUAAUCAAAAAACAUUGUAUUUGUAUUGAAUUUCAUUGCAAUUCUUUGAAUAGGUACUUAUCUGAUAACCUACCUAUUUGUAUAAAACUUCCCGAAAUUUCUCAAUAUUUUUCCAAGUUCAAAUUAACCAAAUUGGAAUAUUUUUUCAUUGUAACGCAAGGAACCAAUCUAAAAAUAUAUUGUAUUAAGGUUCAUUUAGAAUAAGAAAAUACCUUUCUUUCUCAUUCAUUUUAUAUCAUAAAUUAAAAAUAUACAAACACAUAACUUGA